UGUGAAUGUUGGUGCCUGGCAAUCCAGCAGCGCGGUGAUGUGAUGUGGUCGUCGGAGGCGUCGGUUUCCAGAAGCUCCACGUAACGGGCGGCGGCAACUGAGUGAGCGUACUCCCACUGGUACUAGCGCGCUUUUCGGAAAGGAACAAGGGUCUCGCUUGCCCACACCGGACACACUGUGCACUGCGCCAGGCGCCGCUUACGUUUUGCCAUGGUUAUUUUUGGUUUCACAUGGCCUCGCAACUUCCUCGCGAGCGAUUGCCUGAGCAGGACGGAAACAUGGGCACAAUGGUCGGCUCGCCUGCGGGCGCAGCGCCCGACUUGGUCACUCAACCUCACCACCGUUUCGAGCACAGCGAGCCUCAGCCCUGCCAAGCCCCUGGUGCAGAUCACGACGCAGACGACAUGGACCCGGAGGAGAGGGCGUAUCACGAGCGCUUCAUGCGCGAGGCCAUAAACAUGGCCGAACUUGCGCUCAAAAGCGACGAGACACCAGUCGGUUGUGUCUUUGUUCGUAAUGGCGAGGUCUUCGGUCGCGGCAUGAACGAGACGAACCGCACCCUGAAUGGCACGCGGCAUGCCGAGUUUGUUGCUUUGGCCGGCAUCUUGUCCAAGCAUCCAAUCAGCGACCUGAAGGAGACGGACCUCUACGUUACGGUUGAGCCUUGUGUCAUGUGCGCCUCGAUGCUUCGUCAGUACGGUAUCCGCGCCGUCUACUUUGGUUGCUGGAACGAGCGAUUUGGAGGUACCGGAGGCGUGCUCAACAUCCACUCUGAUCCAAGCGUCGACAGACCCUACCCUGUCACAGGCGGCAUCUUCAGGGAGGAAGCCAUUAUGUUGCUGCGCAAGUUCUACGUGCAGGAGAAUGAGAAAGCGCCGGAGCCCAAGCAGAAGAAGACGCGCGAGCUGAAGACGGAGAUCCUUCCCAUGGACAUCCAUGCACCCAAGUCUACUCCAACGCCACCGGUCGGUGCCUCUACAGCCACUGCCUGAAUGACUUUACGACUUUCUUAUAUCGAUACCCAUUGCAUACGAUCCCUUCACCGAAAUGGCGCCCCUAGAGCAGGCUUCAGACACAGCUUCUCUUUUCAUGUAUCUCAAAUAGUCAAUGUUUCUUACUUCAUUACCUUCCCUGUGGAGUCAAGCUGUGUCUGUUUCCAUCAAUUUUCCUGAGUGAUCGAGCUGGGGCCAUCUGUUGUUUCGUCGCUCCUGCCAUUUUUGUUAGGCUCGAACUUGGCUCGAACCCCCUCCCGCUUACAUAACAACCUCUGCCUGUCGAACCAUUUAAUACCUGCUACGCCUGUCAAUACAACACACUCACUAUGUUCCCCUCGAGCCUAUCAACAAACAUAGCCUCUCCGGACGCGCAUGAUGGUGAGAAUUGGGAUUAUGGGGGAGACGGUGGGAGCGGCGGCGACCUACACUCGCACGAGCGAGUCGCAGA